GUUGGUGCGGCCCGGGACAGCAUGGCUACCUCUUGUCGACCCCUCAACCCUGUCCUGCUGCAGGCGCUGCGGAGCUCCGUCUAUCCCGGGGUGGGAGGCUCAGGCCCCAGCUGCUGCCGCUGCCCUCUCGGAGGUAAAAGAUACCUACUUACAGAUAAUAUUGUGAAAUUAAAAGAAUUUCAGAAUAAGAAGGUGGCUAUUGCACAUAAUCUUCCUGGCACCAAAGAAACCUAUUUGAGAAACUUGGAAGAGAAGUUGACCCAGAAUAAGCUCAUAUUAAAGGAUGAGCUAAGAACCUUACUUCAUUUGUGUGAAUCCCGGGACGAUGUGGAGCUGGCUAAAAAUGUCAUUUACAGGUACCACGCAGAGAACAAAAAUGUCACUUUGGGGGAAUACAAGUUUGGACCGCUUUUCGUAAGGUUAUGCUACGAGUUGGAUCUUGAGGAAUCUGCAGUAGAGCUCAUCAAAGACCAGCAUUUACAAGGUUUCUUCUCAGAUUCCACAUCUUUUAACAUUUUGAUGGAUAUAUUAUUUAUCAAAGGCAAAUACAAGAGUGCUUUAGAAGUACUGAUUGAGAUGAAAAACCAAGAUGUGAAGUUCAGCAGAGAUACUUAUAUCCUUGCUUUUGCAAUUUGCUACAAACUGAACAGCCCUGAGUCUUUUAAGAUCUGUACUACGUUAAGAGAAGAGGCCCUAAUCAAAGGAGAGGUCCUCUCCAGAAGAGCAUCCUGUUUUGCUGUGGCAUUAGCUCUGAAUCAGAACCAAGUGGCAAAAGCUGUGUCCAUUUUUUCUCAAAUCCUGAAACCAGAAAGCAUAAUCUGCACUAAUUUAAAUCUAAUGAUCCAUGUCCAAUCAAAUAUGUUGAAAGACCUGAUAGAUAUACUGAAAGAUGCUGCAGAAGGAAAUUUAUCAAAAUUUGUGAAAAAACAUGAGUUCUCAGAAGAAGUGCUCGCCAAAGUGAGGGAAAAACUGAAGGAUGUACCCGACCUUGUGGCCAGAUUUGAUGAGAUCCUUGGGAAACUGUAUAUAAAUGGUCAGGUCACCACUUACACUCUGGAUGCUCUGCUCUGCCACACCCCCAGGAACAGGAGCUCCCACUUGGUGCAAUUAAGCAAGAGGACAAUCAGCCGCCGGACCUUCCAGCCACUCAGCCAGUCCCUGUGGGCUGAGUAACCCUAGAUUCAAGCCCCUUGUCCUACAGAGAUGGAGUAAGCUUGCUUCUUCCUAGAAAAUUGGCACAGUACACCAGUGGACAUAUAACAACACCUGGUCUCCUCCUUAAAUCUCCGCGUUCGUGGAGUGCUGGCAUAAUGACUCGAAAUGUGUACAUGUUGUGUCACUGUGAAGGUCUAGAUAAAAGCAAGCAAAACUCAGCUCCCCCAGAAAGGAGCUUUUCUCCUGUGCAAACUGCUGAGGAUCCUUAAAGGAGUGUGGUCAUGUCUUCUAGUCCAGCUUCCAGUACCAGAGUGGAAUACAGUAAGCCCUGGAGGGAAGGAGUUUCACUGGAAGUGGUCAGCUUUAAGCUUCAAGGGAGUAGUUACUUGCAGCAAGUUACUGUUGCUCAACUUGGGAGCUCUGAAACCCUCUUCUAUAAUACAAAGAAACAACCCAGGAUUUUCUCACUGUCAUCAUUUAUCUGUGACCCAAAAUAAAAGAUAUUUGAGCCCUUAUCUUUCCAUCUAUAAAAUAAUAGUACCUACAUGAAUCUGUGCAUUGAUUUGAAAUUUUCAUUUAAGGUUUAGUAGGGUUGAAUUUUUUCAAAUAUAAGAGCAAUAAAAAGGUUCCUGAGAAAACUUGGGAUUAUGUUUUAUUUAUUUAAUAAUACAAAUAAAACCAGAAUUUGCUCUCUUGAGUGAU